AUGGAUUCCCAAAUCUGCCGAGUCUACAAUGUCGAAAUGCGCUUCACCAGCGGCAGCAAGCACUUUGCCAUCUACGUUGCCAACGACAACGGCCCCGGACAACUCCUCCACGUCCGCUGCGCUGUUGGAAAGGCCGGCAUGAUGUUUGAGAGGCAGUACUUUGUUGGUCAUGGACCAGAAGCACUCUCUACUUUCGUCUCCAAAAGCCCCAUUGGCAACGUUAGAAUCGAAGAUUUGGAUCGACUGGCGGAUAUCUGCGAGGCUAUUGGCGCUCCUACCGCUCAAUAUGUCAACAACGUCUGCCAGUGUGCUACUUGGGUUCAUCAAGCUCACAUGGCUGCUAAGGGAGCCGGAGUUCUUUUUUGA